CAGGCAGUAAGUGGUUCGACUUCGGCAGAACAGCACCUGCAGAUCUCCUCCUCCUUCGCUGCUGUCCACCUGCUCCCGUAAAUCGCGUCGAAAGCAGUAUAUCACCCUGUAGUGGUCCAUAGUCUGUGGGUUUCGAUUCUGGGUGUUAUGCUCACGCAGUGUCCACCCGCAUUUGAAUCGCUAGACUUGGGUUGGUGAGGCAAUUGGGACCAACCCGCGGGCAGGAUGGUCGUGCCAAAGGAUGGGAGGCGGAAUCCGUCCUUUCUCGGCGACGACGGUGCAGCCGUCGAUCUGGGUAAGGAAAUCGCGAGGGAGUAUGGGAAUAAUGAUUCCAACUUCGGUCACUUUCAAACGCCGUCCACCGCACCUAAGGAACAAAUGACCAUAGCCGAGGACGGCGAGGAGCGAGCGACUUGGGGAAGUGGACUCGAGUUUUUGAUGUCUUGUAUCGCGAUGUCCAUUGGCCUGGGCAACGUGUGGCGAUUUCCUUUCACGGCGUACGAAAACGGUGGCGGUGCCUUCCUCAUUCCGUAUAUAAUCGUCCUCUUCGUCGUCGGCAAGCCGUUCUACUAUCUCGAAAUGAUAAUGGGCCAGUUCACCAGCAGAUCAUCGGUCAAGAUGUGGGCCCUGGCUCCUGGCUUUAAAGGUGUCGGCUGGGCGCAGAUGUUCUCGAUGAUCUCCGUCGGGACGUAUUACUGCUCUCUGAUGUCCUUGACGCUAUUUUAUCUGAUCAAAAGUUUCAGCUACGAACUCCCGUGGUCUAGGUGCCUUGAGGAGUGGGAUGGCUGCGUGGACUCUGUCAAGUCCAACGAUUCAGUAAUAGCCGGAAACGGGACAAUGAGAAGUUCCGCGGAGCUAUACUUCUCGAAAACUGUUCUGAGGGAAAAGGAGAACAUUGAUGAUGGCAUCGGGCUACCUGAUUGGAGGCUUACGUUGUGCCUACUUUUCGCAUGGUGUUGUAUAUUCGGCGUACUUGCCCGCGGAGUGAAGGGAUCCGGGAAGGCGGCCUACUUUCUGGCCAUCUUUCCCUACAUAAUUAUGAUAGCUCUGCUCAUCCGAGCUGUGACCCUCGAAGGCGCCAUCGACGGAAUCAUUUUCUUCAUCAAACCGAAUUGGGAGAAACUGUUCGACCCGAACGUCUGGUACGCAGCGGUUACGCAGUGUUUCUUCUCUCUGUCGGUUUGCUUUGGCGGAGUGGUUAUGUACUCGUCGUACAACGAAUUCGACCACAACAUAUACAGAGACGCGAUGGUUGUAACGACCCUCGACACUUUCACCAGUCUCAUGGCUGGCUUCACGAUAUUUGGAAUACUCGGUAAUCUCGCCCACGAACUCGGCACCGACGAUAUUCGCAACGUUGUUCGGGGAGGCACUGGUCUCGCCUUCAUAUCGUAUCCAGACGCCAUCGCCAAGUUUUCGGUGUUGCCACAGGCCUUCUCCUUUCUAUUCUUUCUCAUGCUAUACGUAUUGGGCAUCGGCAGCGCCAUUGCCUUGGCCGGUGGAAUUAACAGCGUGAUCUGCGACCAGUUCCCAACGUGGAAACACUGGCACGUUGUCCUAGGAACGUCCAUCUUUGGGUUUCUGGUUGGAAUGGUCUACUGCACCCCGGGAGGCCAGUUUGUGCUUCAGUUAGUCGAUUACUACGCAGGAUCCUUCAUCGUCUUUGUACUCGCCACGUUUGAGGUGACUGGUAUAUUUUGGGUCUACGGACUGGAGAACUUCAUCGACGAUGUUGAGUUCAUGCUCGACAGACGGCCGUCGGUUUACUGGAGGCUAUGUUGGGGCGUCGUGACGCCGGUUCUUCUCGCUGCGAUUCUUAUUUACACGAUCGCGAUAAUGGAGCCGUUGAAGUACAGCGGUAUUUCGUAUCCAGACAGUGCCCACACUGCUGGAUGGCUGCUCAUGACAUUUGGAGCUAUCCAAAUUCCCCUGUGGAUGGGGGUGACGAUAAUUUCCAAGCGAAAUCUGGGGCUACCCGAGAUGAUAUACGCCGCUUUUGAGCCUUCCAAACACUGGGGCCCAAAAAACCCGGCCCGACUGGCUUCCUGGCGCGAAUUCAAGGAAUGUGCUAGAAAAAGACGAGCCGAGAGGACCGCCUCAAAGGCUAAGCAGAUCCUAUACGUGCUGGUAGGCUGCGAGGAAAAGUUGUGAUCUAAAUCCCAGUUACAUGGAAUAUUCAUCAUCACCAUUGACGCUUUGCCGAUUGCCAAUUAGAUUUAACAGGAUAAGGCACUUUACACGUAAUUUUUUUAUUUCUCGACUUUAUUACGCUACGUUUGUAAGACACAUGCCAAGUGCAAGCACAUCAGGCCAAUCAAUGUAUAGUAUAAAUAUCACAAAGGUAAAAAAUUAGAUCGCUAGAAACUUGCUAAAUCAAAACUUCGAGAAGUUGCACUUGUUAUAAUUGAUACUGUUAUUAUUAUUGUUUUUAUUUUUAUUAUUAUUAUUAUUAUUAUUAUCAUAUCUGUUUUGUAAGGGAACAUAAAUUUCUUUGCGAAAUUUUUUUUAUAACCAUCUCGUGUUAUACGGUCAUUGCAGUAACAAACAUUUCCUAAUAAUUGUAUUCACUGUUUGUUGCUAAUUUAUUAUUACUCACAAUCUAUGUGCUACCUCCAUGAUGGAAAAUGGUAUUUACUCAACGGGAGAUAUCAACGCUUGUUUUUUUUUUUUUUUGUUUCAUUCUAGCUACGCUGUGCGUAUACAUAGAUAUGUAAUAUAUACGAGUUCCGAUUGCAAAAAGGGCAAUGAUUCACGGCUGUGUUUCGCAAUUAUCAGUAUUUCUUUUAGUAAAUAAGUUGACGGUUUUUCGUGUGUAGAAAAAAGAGAGUACAAUUUUAUCUCUUGGCAAUGAUGACAUAGCAAAAAAGUGGACAAAAAAUAUUAAUCAAUUAUACGUAUAUCUAUUUAAAUACAUACUGUAUACCUA